AUGAGCAGCAACAACACCUCAGCUCCAUCAUCACAGCCAACACAAGCAUCAUCAGAAGCAACCACACAAUCGACAUUUGCCCCACUCCGACAAUAUGAUUCCGAGACUGGAAGAAUACCCACACUUUACUCUACUUUUCAUAAAGAAGAAAUUCAACGGACAGUUGAAGAGAAACAACGAGUGGGACAAAUGCCAAAACCUGCAUCCAAGUCUUUGAAUUCGUUUCAGAAACUGCUCUCGUAUGUACCUCCAAUCAAGUACCGAUUUGGCAGAGAAUUCUUUAAAUUUGCAUGGUAUCUCAUGUAUCCAUUCGGAGUAGUGUUUGCAAUUUCUCAGCCAGCCAUCAAAGAAUGGAUUGUAUCGAAAAUGCCAGAAACCAAGAGUUAUAUGGAUAGUUGGGAGGCCAACAGAUCAGAAGAAGAGGUUAACUUGGCAGAAGAUAUGAAACAAAACGAACUAGGAAACACAAAUCACUACAAUUUAUAUUGGCAAGAAAAAGCAAAGAAUGAUGAAAGAGUUAAAAAGUUUUUGGCAAUGCAACGAAACAAAGUAGAGGAAGAUAUGAAAAGCAAAAGAGUGGAGGAAUAA